GUUCCCAAAGAUGCCAUACCUAUCCGUGGGUACGAUUUUAAUGAAGGGAUUGAUUUCUCCAAAUUGAUGGCAUCGUAUAUAUCAACUGGUUUCCAGGCGUCUCAUCUGGGAAAGGCAAUUCAGGAAGUCAACGCUAUGUUAGAUGCGCGGGAAAAAGAAGAUAAAAACCAGAAAGAGCGUCAUUUUCCUUAUCCUGAGGAACUCACUAGCGGUAUCAGAGAGAUAAUACGAUUUAUUGUGCAACAUAAUCUUGUCGACUGUCUUGUGACUAGUGCUGGUGGAGUGGAAGAAGAUCUCAUCAAAUGCUUGGCUCCAUCUUACCUCGGUGAUUUUCGCAUGGAUGGGAAAGACUUGCGGUCUAAAGGUCUCAACCGAGCUGGCAACAUCCUGAUACCCAAUGACAACUAUUGCAAGUUCGAAGAUUGGUUGACACCAAUUUUGGACGAAUGCCUGAAGGAGCAGAAUGAUAACGGUGUCAGCUGGACUCCGUCGAAACUUUGUCGAAGGAUGGGUGAAAGGAUCAAUAACGAAGAGUCGAUCCUUUAUUGGGCUGCUCGAAAUCAUAUUCCAGUCUUCUGCCCAGCUUUGACAGAUGGCAGUCUUGGUGAUAUGUUAUAUUUUCAUUCUGUCAAGCACUCGCAAGGAGUCCGCCUCGAUAUCGUUGAGGUAAUUUUUUCUCUUAGAUAA